AUGGGGAUGGCGGGUGCUAUUUGUGUGAGGGCUGACGGCGAUGCUUUGGUCACCAACUGCUCUAAAGGUAAUGAGGCUACACGCUUUGUGGUUAGAUGGGCUGGUGAUGUAACUUCUGUUUUGCCUGGCGAUGAGGCUCGAAGAAUUGCUCUUGUUGUGGGUGGCAACGCCACUUCAAUUGUAGGUGCUGACGUCACUUGUGUCAUGCCUGAUGAGACAUGUGUUGUAGGUGGGGACUGGGCGGGAGAUGCCAUGUGUGUAGCAGCUGCUGGUUCAAGUUGUGUUGUGGAUGGCAAUAUGGCUGGAGACUCCAGUUGUGUUGUGGCCUCCUUGGCCACUCCUGUUGUGGCUGGUGACGCGGCUGGUGCAACCACUUGUGGUGCAGCUGGUCGUUCAACUGGUACUGUGGAUGGUGACGCAGGUGGAGACGCCUCUUCUCUUGUGGCUUCUGCUGGCUCUCCUCCUGUGUCCGGCAACGUGGCUGGCGACACCUGCCCUGUUGCAGUGGGCGACGUGGCUGGUGACGCCGCUGUUGUUGCUAAUGCUGGCUUCUGUGUGGAAAAGAUAUAA